GUUCAAAAGCCUGGCACAUGCGGCUGACCUUUGACCGGGUGCCAGGCGGCUGCAACCUACACAGGUGCAAGCUCUGCGGCAAGGUCGUGACGCACAUCAGGAACCACUACCACGUCCACUUCCCCGGCAGGUUUGAGUGUCCGCUCUGUCGUGCGACGUACACGCGCAGCGACAAUCUGCGCACGCACUUUAAAUUUAAACAUCCCGAGUCAAGAAAGAUCGAUCUUAACGAUUACAUGGCCGGCUCGCUAGCCCUAACCGCUGCUGCGGCGGCAGCUGUCAAUGACACCAUGAACACGCUCUCCUAAACGACUUUCUCUCUCGACGCCUCCGAGUCCUCCUCCUCCUUGAUCGCGUUUUUUUUUUUUUUUCUACUUUUUAAAUUUUAAUGAUUAAGAAAAAACAGAAAAAAAAACAAAAAACAGAAUACGUCUUUCUCCACUGCGUCUGGACACACAUAUGAACACAACUGACUUUACGUGGCUGGUUAUAUGAAUAUUACAACUGCCGAUGACGAUUGCGACGAUAGAGCUAAUGUCGGUACACGAGCGAUGUACACACACACCAUCCAAAGACUCGAUCCUCCUCUCUCGUUGUCUUCGGGCGCCAAAAGUUAUAUAUAAUUUGCAAUGUGAUAUAUAUAUAUAUACAUACAUACAAAAUAUACAUGAAUAUAUUGUACAGAGCUGAUUCUGGUGUGUAACGAUAUAGUUAGGGAGAGCGAGAGUGAGAGAGAGAGAGAGAAAGAGAGAGAGGGAAGGUAGCUCUGUCGUCAUCGUCGUCGUCGCCAUGGUCCUUCCCAUCGUCGACCCUUCAUUACCAUCAUCGCCGUCGUCGUCGUCGUCGUCGCGUCUUUUGAAGAUUUUUAAAACUGAUCCUCGAGGAAGGUGAGCGCAUGAGCCAUCAGAAGAUGAUUGAAAAGCUACACACGCAGUAGGCACAUCAAAAACAUGCACCAACACCAAGAUACAAAGUACACGUCACAAACGUCCAAAGAGAGAAAGAGAGGGAGAAAACGUUUUGUCAUGUGAACAUAUAUUUAUUGAGCACGGAUUCAAAGAGGCGGUAUAUAUUGUGUGUCCUUUUACGAUGCAAAAAUGUAUUUCGCUCGUUCGGCGCCUUUUGAUCCUUUUGACAGACCGUUUAUUCUUGAUGACGGACCGGAUGAGUUUUGCGAUCUUUGUUUCACUCGAUUUUCUCGAUUACACUUGUAGAUGUCAUUAAAAAAAUAUUUUUUUUUUGUAGUAUACAUAUACAUAAUUGUUAUCCUAUUAUCGUUGCAGAGUAGUUUGUUUAUUUACAAGCAUGAUUUUAAAGCAUGUGAUUGAUGUUAUGUAGUUCUUCCUGGUGCGUUACAGAAUGAGCGCCAGUCAAAAGGGUUAAAAUUUUUUUUUUUUUCAGCGUAAUAUUAUUUUUGUCACA